AUGUCGUCACCGAGCGCUGGGAAACGUCGCAUGGACACAGAUGUCAUCAAACUUAUCGAAAGUAAACACGAGGUGACAAUUCUUGGAGGUCUUAACGAGUUCUGCGUGAAAUUCUUCGGUCCUCCAGGCACCCCGUACGAAGGCGGAGUAUGGCGAGUCCGCGUGCACUUACCCGACCAUUACCCAUUCAAGUCACCGUCAAUUGGCUUCAUGAACAAGGUGUAUCAUCCAAACAUUGACGAGGUAUCCGGCAGCGUGUGCCUCGAUGUUAUCAACCAGGCCUGGACUGCUUUAUAUGACCUGUCGAACAUAUUCGAGUCGUUUCUGCCACAACUGCUGACGUAUCCAAACCCUAUCGACCCGCUGAAUGGCGACGCGGCCGCAAUGUAUCUGCACAAACCCGAGGAAUACAAGAAAAAAGUUUCAGAUUACGUCCGAAGAUUCGCAACAGAAGAAGCCCUUUUAGAAAAAGACGCGAUAACCGGCAUGGGUGGCGCAACACCCGCCUCCUCGGGCUCCAAACCCUCAAACGGCAACUCCAACAAUAGCGAUACAGAAAGCUCCAUGAGCGAAUUCAGUGAUGAUGAAGCGCAAGACAUGGAGUUAUAA